AUGAUAAACUUUGAAACUUUUCUGUUAUUAAAUGAUGAAAUAUUAAAACCGUACUCUUUUUUUGAAAAAGUUUUGACAUAUUAUAUUUUAAAGAGACUAGUUAAAUAUUUAUUGGUUAAAUAUUCGAAAAAUUAUACAAUAGAAAUUUGCUCAUGUAAUGAAUUAAAUGUAAAUAACCUAUUUUAUUCAAAAUAUAUAAAUUUUUAUAAAUUGCAAAAUGAUAGACGGCUUUUAAACUUCUUUAGAAUUAUAUUAAAAGAGAAGAAAACAGAUUUUAAAAUGCACUAUAAUAAACAUGAUAUAUACAUAGAUAAUCAUUCAAAUAAAUGGAACAAUAACAUUUUAAAAAUAUUAUAUUUUUACUAUAAUCAAUUAAAAAAUAAAAACAAAUUAAAGUGUUAUGGAAAUUUUUUUUUAUCUUUUUCUACAUUUAUAAUAAGUCUGUUACAUUAUGAGAAUAAUGUUAUUAAAAAGAAAGACAAAAUAUUAUUUUUAUUUUUAUUUUUAUUAUUUUUUACAACAAAUUCACCUAUGAAAAAGAGGAACUUAAAAAGGUUUUUCAAUAAAAAAAAAAAAAAUACAUUCUUUAGCGAUUAUAAAGAGUUAUAUAAUAUAGUAUAUACACAUUUUAAUAAAGUUAAAAUUAAAGAUGUACAAAAAUUAUUUAAGAAUCAUUUAUUCCAUAUACAUAUUUUUAAUGAAAAUGUUAACGAAGAAAAAAAGAGUGAAAAAAAAAAAAAAGUUUUAAUCUUAUGCAAAAAGACCUUAUUUUAUCUUAAUGAAAUAUGUGCGAAUUAUAUAAAAUUAUUGAAUCAGAAUUAUAAUAUAUCUAAUUUAAAAGAUAAAGAACAAUUAUUAAAAAGUUUCUGCCUUCUUAAAUCAUAUGAUAAUAAAUAUCAUAUUUUUUCAUUAUAUAAUAAUACUAUAAUGAAUAGGAAAAAAAAUAAUUUUUGUCAUUUACAUGUUUUAUUAAAAAAUAUAUACAAAAAUAAACUCAUUUCAAAAGAAAAUAUGAAAAAAAUUAUUUAUUUUUUAAGGAAGAAAAUUGUUUGUACUUUUUAUUUUAAGAAAUAUUUAAAACUUUUUUAUUACAAAUUUCUUUUUAAAUAUAAAAAAUUAAGAAAUAAUCACUAUGUCAUUAAAUAUAAGAAUAUGAAAAAACAUCAAAAAGAAAAUAAAAGAUUAUUGAUUAGUGAAAUUAAUUUUAUUGAGGAAAAAAAAAAAAGUUCUUUCACUUUAAUUUGUGCAUAUAUCUGUCUUAUAAAUAAUAAUAAUUAUUAUAAUUUAUAUUAUUUUUUUAUUUAUCUAUUAAAAAAAAAUAAAAGUAUAAGUUUUCAUGAACAAAUAAAUUACUUCAUUAAUGAGAUCGCAAAAAUAGAUGCAAAAUGCCAGUAUAUAUGGAAUAUGAAAAAUAUGUUUUUUUAUUUUUAUGUUCAAAUGUAUCUAAAGGAAAAUCUAAAUAUUAUAAAAAAAGGUAAGAGUAAAAGAAAUCUUUCAAAUGUUUUUUUAUUUUUUCUUAGAAUAAUUAUUAAUUCAAAUAAGUACAAAAUAUAUAAGAAAAAAAAGAAAUUAAUAUUUACAAAAAGCAUAAUUAAGACAGACAUAUAUAAUAAAAAAAGGAGUUUUAAAAAAUAUAUAAUUCAAAAAUUAUACAAUAAUAAAAAUACAAUUAAUUCAUGGGAUUUUAGAUAUAAUUCUAUUUACUACAAAAAUAAAAAAAAGCAUAAAUGUGUUAUUAUGAAAAAUUUUUUAAAAUAUUUACGUAAGAAUUUUGAUUUUUUCUUUAAAAUUUUAGAAUGUAAAUCUUACAAUUAUAUGGCUACAUCUCAUAUUUUUAUAUUAUAUAAUUUUCUAUUCUUUUUUUGUUUAAAAAAAAAAAAAAAAAAAAACGGUUGUAAUUUCAAGAUUUAUUCAAUAAAAAAUAUUCUUUAUAAAAAUUAUAGAAUUAUUUUACACAAUAAUAUUUAUUAUUAUGCUUUUCAUAAUUUAUUUCUUAUGCUUUACAUUCAAAAAAUAUAUCAUUUCUUAAUUCAAUAUUUAAAUAAUUUUUUUUUUGUAAUUUUUAAAAAAAAUAUAUACACUUAUAAUUUUAAUUCAUUAAUUAUUCAGAAAUCAUAUAAACAAUAUAAAAAUCCAUUUAACGAUAAAUUUUAUAGAAACAAUUAUUAUAGUUAUGAUAAUAUUUAUAAAAUUGAUAAUACAUAUAAUAAUAAAUCUUCGUGUUGCUAUAAAUUUAAUAGUUCUUAUAAAAAGAAAAAUAAUAGUGAUAUUUCAAAAGUUGAUAUAUACAAUAAUUUUUAUUAUAACAUUAACAACAUAAAUAAUAUAUAUUAUAAUACUAUUUGUAAUAAUUAUAACAAUUAUAAUUCCAAAAAUAAUUUAAGUAAGUUAAUUAUAGAUAGAAAUCAACUUAAUCAAAUAAAUAAGAAUCAUUCUUUGAAUGCAAUUGUAAGAAGUAAUUUUAUAUAUAUCAAUAAUACAUAUUUAGAAUUUUAUAUAUUUCCAAGAAAAAAAUAUUGUAGAGUAGGUAGUAACAUUAACAUUUAUUUUUUGUAUGAAAGAAUAAAGUAUUUUUUAAUAAAUUACAAAACUAAUUUAAAAGACAUGAUAAAAUUUCUUCGUAAAUUUUAUAAAGAAAAUUAUUAUCUAAGUUUUUAUACAAAUACUUUAAGGAAUAUUUUUUAUUGCAUAUGUAAUUGCAAUUCUUUUUUUUAUGAGUUAUUUUAUAAUUUAAUUAUACCUCUUUUAUUUCAAAAAAAUUACUCUAAUACAAAAAAAAAAAAAAAAACAGUAAUAGCUCUACUUCAUGAUUUCGAUUGCUAUUUUAUGAAAGAAUUAAAAUUUUUGAAAAAGCAUUACACGUUAAUCAAGAUUAAGUAUGAAGAAAAAUAUAGACAAAUGAAAAUAAAUAAUAAAUUUCUAAGAAUAUAUUCGAAUUAUAAUAAAACAUAUUCUAAAAGUAUAAAGAAUAAUAAAAAGUGGAUUACUAAUAAUUUUCAUAUUUUUUCUAUUAAUAGAGAUCUUUGUGUAUAUAAUAUGUUAAUUUCAUUCAAUAAAUUAAAGAACAAAAAAACAAAAAACGAAUAUCAAAAUUUUUCUUUAAGAAAUUAUUAUUUCAUAUUUUUUAAAUGUGUAAUUAAUUUAAUUCAUGAAUAUUCUAUAUAUGUGUAUCAUAUCCUAAAAAAGAGUUUCUAUACUGAAAAAAAUAUACCAACUUAUUUUAAUAAACAUUAUAUUAAUAAUUUAGAUAAUAAUUUUAAUAAAAUUAAUACUAAUUUCAUAGUGAAUAAAGUAAAAAAUGAUUUAAAUUAUACAAAAUAUAAUAAUCCAAAAAAUAGAAUAAUAAAAAAAAAUAUAAAUGAUAAUAAUAAAUGUAACGUAGUAAAGGAUAAUGACAUAUACAAUAGCAACAUAAACAAUAGUAAAAAUUAUAAGGAUAAGGAGGUUACUUAUUUUUAUCUCAACUUAAAAGAAAAUUUAAAUUUUUUAUAUAAAAUAUACAAAGAUAUUUUUCAUUUUUUUGAGGUAUUUAAAAAAAAUAAUUUUAUAUUAUUCUAUGUUUUAAAAAAAUUAGUUCUUUCAUCAAAAAAAAUUAAAAAAAAAAUAUUUUUUUUAAAAUCCUUUUUUUCCAUUAAUUUUCUUAUGUUUUUGUGUGAACAUACAUAUAUAUUUUAUAUACUUAAAGAAAUAUAUAAAAUUCUAAGAAUUAUAUUUAGCAAAAAAUUUUAUAUAUCGAAUUAA